ACCUACAGCGGCUUCUGCGGCUGCUCCAGGGCAGCUCAAGCUCCAAGAGGAUACACCUCCUGUACCUUUUCACCGAGGGACCAUGACAAAAUACUUGUGGCUCUUCAUGCUCAUCCUCAUCAUUCCAGUGGCUCUGGCAGUUGGUGUGGAUCAAUCCAAGAAUGAAGUGAAGGCGUUGAGGUACUUUGAAUCCAUCAGUACCUCGAAUGCCAAUGUGAAGCAGUGUGUAUGGUUUGCUAUGAGAGAAUACAACAAAGGAAGUGGGGACAAGUACGUCUUCCUUGUGGACAAGAUAUUGCAUGCCAAGCUUCAGAUCACAGACCGAAUGGAAUACCACGUUGUCGUUCAGAUCUCCCGCAGCAAUUGCAAAAAGCCUUUAAACAAUACUGAAAACUGCAUCCCUCAAAAAAACUCCAAACUGGAAAAGAGAGUCACCUGCAGCUUUUUGGUAGCAGCUCUUCCCUGGAUUGGCGAGUUCACCCUGUUGAACCAAGAAUGUAAAAAUAUCUAAGGGUGUCUUGAAGCAUCCCUCCCACUUCUGGGUCUGCCUUUCUCUGUGAUAAAAGAGAAGCAUCAGUUCAAGGCUGUCACCAACACUCUCCUCAUGUGUGCCUCCCUGCUUGCUUUUUUAUUUAUUAGUUUCAUAAUAUAGGAAAGGGGUAAAAUAUGGGCUCUGCUCAGGUACCCAAGAUGGACCUUCACCUGCAGCCAGCUUGAGGAUCCACCAGAGUGUGGACUACUUUUGUUCCCCAUGGUCAAUGGAAAGAGAAAUGUAUUU